CAGUGCCGCGGCUUACCGCUCUGACGCCACAUGGAUGGACGCUACUUAGCGUCUCUACUUUUAGGGAAGUGAAACAGGUCGAGUAGAUGUCCACAUCACUAUGAGACUGUUCCAUCUCGCUUCCAUUUUGGAGGUGCUGAAACUUGUAACGGACGCGGAAGAACUUCCCACUCCUGGAGCUACUGUCGUUCACGGGACAGACACGGAGUCAGUGACGCAACUGGAGCAAGAAUCGUGGCUCGAGCCGCACAAAGACUCAGGGACAGUCAUACAUUCCGAUGUAGGGUUCCAUCACAAAAUUCUUCCUGGGCUAGAGACGUAUCCAGGUAAGGAGGAAGCCGUGAUCAGGUACGAGCCUGAAGAAGUGAAGCCGGAAGUCGGGUGGGAAGCUGUGCUGAGCAACCAGCCUGCAGAUGAUGGGUCCGACCCUCUGCCGGUGUUUGACGCGGAGUGGGGCACAGAGCUGCACGGGGCUUGUGACUGCUGGAACACCACGGAGGAUGGACGCGACGUGGAAGUCGAGUGUCGUUGUGGUGGCGUAGAACUCACCGAAAUCCCCAGCAACCUAGCGAGCGGCGUGCACCGCAUAACUGUGGUGCAGGCCGGAAUGCAUGUGCUGAGAGAAGGAGCCUUGCAACCUUACAGAGACACUCUGAGGGAAAUAGUUCUGAAUAAUGUACGCCAGCUCCGCAGCAUCGAGUCACGUGCUUUUCAGAACCUGACGGAACUUCGUACAGUGUAUAUAAAUCACGCCCCCUUACUUCGAAAGAUUCCGGAAGCUGUGUUCCAGCUGCAUCUGCCGAGUCUUAGAAGUCUACGCAUCGUACACACGGGACUUGAGGAGAUCCCCCAGCUGCAGCACCUCCGAGUGGACUCAAUCCUACACAUGGUUGACCUGGAAAAUAAUCAUAUUCGACAAGUGCCAACCAGAUCUGUCAAAGUGAGGUCCGAACAAUUUCUGCUGAACUACAACCUGAUCGAGCUGGUGCAGAAUCACGCCUUCAGCGAAGCUGAGAUUGCCAGGCUGAGUCUGAAAGGAAACAGAGCACUGCGUACCAUCGAGCCCAGCGCCUUUGAGGGACUGCGCAGUCUCAGGGAUCUGGAUCUCUCUGAGACGGCCAUCUCACGAAUGCCGACCCUGGGGCUUAAGGAACUUGAGAUACUCCGCCUUCAGGACACUGACAGCCUCAAGAGAUUUCCCUCCAUAUACAACUUUGAGUACCUCCGAGUGGCGUGGCUGACCUAUCCGUAUCACUGCUGCGCCUUCCAGUUCCCCGCCACGCAUCACCCCGAAGAGUUUGCUAAGCACGAACGCUUCGUGGCCAUGAUCCACAACAAGUACUGCAGCUCCGGGGCAACUGGUGUUCCCCCGCCCCACGCCCUUCAGCGGCGUGACAGCGAAGACUUCGGUCGCCUCGUAUUCUCACCCGACAACCUUACCCACCAGCGUCAUGCCCCGGAUUGGGGAGCCCUCGAACGUGGCUUCGACAGGCCUGAGUUCCCGUCCAUCCAAGAUGACGCUGACGGCGUAUUCCAUCAGGGUAUAGCUUCUCUAAGCCAACGGCUGAUCCAGGCGUAUUGCGGCAACUUGUCCCGAUCUCCCAGGGACGUGUCUUGUCACCCGGAACCAGACGCCUUCAACCCUUGCGAAGAUUUGAUGGGUAAUUGGGGUCUGCGAAGUGCUGUGUGGCUGGUGGCUGUAGCGGCGCUGGUGGGCAACCUGGCUGUGCUUUUGGUGCUGCUGAGCUCCCGCUUCCAUAUGACUGUUCCCAAAUUACUCAUGUGUAACUUGGCGCUCGCAGACCUCUGCAUGGGAAUCUACUUGCUGCUUAUCGCCUGUAUGGACGCGCUGUCCAUUGGCGCUUAUUUCAAUCACGCCAUUGACUGGCAGCGGGGUCCAGGAUGUCAAAUUGCAGGUUUUCUGACGGUAUUCGCCAGUGAGCUGUCCAUAUACACACUGACUGUAAUAACAAGCGAGCGAUGGUAUGCCAUUACGUAUGCCAUGCACCUAGACAAAAGGCUGAGGCUCAGUACGGCAUUCAAGGUUAUGGGCUUUGGCUGGCUGUAUGCUGUAACAAUGGCCACACUGCCCCUUCUUGGUAUCAGCGGUUAUUCAAAGACAAGCAUUUGCUUACCAAUGGAAAAUCGCGACUUGGGUGACCAGGUGUAUCUCGUGAGCCUGCUCCUGAUUAACGGCUUGGCGUUUGUGCUGAUAUGUGCAUGCUAUGGUCGCAUCUAUUGUGCAAUCAGAGGCCACAACUCAGCGGCAGCUCACUCUGACACCACCGUGGCCAAACGGAUGGCACUCCUUGUGUUCACCGACUUUGCCUGUUGGGCUCCUAUUGCUUUCUUCGGUCUGACAGCUGUAGCAGGGUAUCCCCUGAUUGAUGUUCCACACACCAAAAUCCUCCUGGUAUUCUUCUACCCACUCAACUCCUGUGCCAACCCGUACCUAUAUGCUCUGCUGACGAAGCAAUACAGGCGCGACCUCUACACCCUUUUCAGCAGACACGGAAUUUGUACAAGGAAGGCAGCAAGGUACAAAGGGGCCGAUGUUGGUUUCUCGAGCUGCAACUCGGUUCCACUGAACUGCAGAGUCACCUCCAUAGGAGGGUCAGGCAUUGAUGUGUGCACACCUGCUCACACCGAAGAGAUGAACAUCAUGCCCCAGAGAUCUCGCGUAGCGCCUGCCCCCUGUGGCUCAUCUGUUGGAACUAUCGGACCCAGAGGGUCACCGCAUCCUCUCCGAAACAGCACAACGCGGCUCAGCCUGAGCUGCGAGCAUGAGAUGAUCCUGAGGAGAGUACUUGACCAGUCCGAUGCUGAUCCCAGACCAGUCUACUCUGAACCACCAGCAGUUGACAACUCGCUUCACAUUUUCCAACUCUGCUGACAUUCAUUCAGAAUCAAAUAUUUUUCCAAAUACAUAGGAGAAUUUGGCAGAAGGCUAUAUGGAGCCAUAGAGCAAUUCCGCGAGUGCAGCAAGAGAUAACAUCUGUCUGGCAGGAAGGGAGGAAGAACAGCGUCUGGUAAACGCGUUUCGUUUUCCCAUAUAUGCAAUGUUUGUAGACAGAGAACACAGUCUAGGAGGCAGCACGAUCACAUGAUCUUAGAUAACGCUUUUGAUGGGACACACUAAACUGCGUAUGGCUGUGUGACUCGUAAUCUGCAAGCUAUCCAUAAGCAUUGCGUUACAUAUAUUAUAAAGCACGCAAGAAUUAAUGUGGUCAUUUUCACAAUGAUUUGUUGAUAAAGUUAAUAAACUCAAACAAAAAUAAAUAGGUCAAUAUUAGAUUUAUCGCUGUUAAAUUUUAACACUCUAUAUAUCUGCCAUAUAGAACACAAUCAGAUAAUUUAUAUACAAAUUAAUUACUCACCGGAUGGACAUUUUCAACAUACCAACCCACCCCGCCUUAGGUACCUCUCAAGAGUCGAGAUAACGAGAACGCUCUGGCUGUAGCUGGGUAAAAAUAGCAACUCGCCAGCUGACAGAUACGGUUUACACGAGGGCGUGUACGGGAGUGAAAAAACGGUCAUAACCGUCCAAAAUCGGACACAUGUUUAUAUGAACUUUUUUGAUCACAAAGACCUAGGAAAUCACCUCCUGCAGUUCUGCCCUAAAGUCGUGAAACACUAUAUGUAUACGUGACAAUUUGGCGUCAGAAGUGUUUAUGAACUUACACAAGUGAAAAAGACAAGAAUGGAGUCACAGCAGUUGAUGGAAAUGCUGCUCAAGGAAAUUAGAGCUGGCCAGGAACAAAUCAUGGCCAAACUGAACGCUGAGGACAAAGAGUAAAUGCUGAAAAAGAUCAGGGCCUGGGGAGAGAAGUUAGAUGCAGAAACAAAAGCUAUCCGAGCAGAAACGGAAGCGAGCGAGCAAGGACGAAAGCCAUGCGAGAAAAUAUCGCCACCAGCCACAAGGAGAUGGCUGCCGAAACCAACGCAGAAAGAGACAUGGAGACAAUUGCCUGCCAAGAAAUGGAGGCACGUCUUGAAGAAGAAGAAGAAGAAGAAGAAGAAGAAGAAGAAGUAGUAGUCCCCGUAGGUGACGUCACAGUGAUGCCGGUCGGAGAACCGAAGAAGAAACAGCGUAGUGACCGAAAACUGGCCGCGGAGCGCCGCCGCCAGGAACCGAAGGAUAAGACACGGAAAAAGUGUGAAUCCCAGAAGAAAUUGGUCGUCGUCCGCAGAGGGACGAGCCACCGUGCAAAAGUUGCACGGAAAACACAAACCUACCGGAAGAUGUCCCGCCGUGCAGCAGUGGCACGACACAGAACCUUUUCGCCUGUAGUCCAAAACGUAAAAUUAGAAUAUACAAAACUAAAAUUUUGCCUGUGUUUCUGUAUGGCCGUGAAAGUUAGUCUCUGAC